GGCGAACCAAAGACAUCCACUUUAGAUCAGAGCCCUAAGCUUGGCUGCGAACCCUCGCUGGAGCCUGACGUGCACCUGCUAAGUGAUAUUCAUUGCAAAGAGCUGUGAUUUCUCACUUUUCCGGUUUUACUCUUUCCUGUCAUUUUAAAAGUAUUUGCGGUGUGCCCACUGAUUACAUUUCGAUCAUGGAUUGUAUACAUUUGGCAGAAUCCGUAAAUAUGACCAACUUCACAGCAUGGAGUGGGAAAAGGAUGCUCAAAUGACCCGCAAUUCAUGGAGAGAAAUUGUAUGUACCGUACCGUUGGUUUGAAGGUUGAAGAUUGUAUAAAGUGUAGUUCGUUGAGGGACAAAUUAAUCCAGAAAAGGCCACUGUUCCUGCAGUAAAUUGCGUAACGUCAUGACGGAGAACUUUAAAAGGGUCUUUUAGCAAUAAACCUUUCCUUCUGAUUUGCAGUUUGAAAUCCAUCCUCCAUCAUCCUUAUUCUCAUUGUACAAUUAUGUGAGCUGUCUGCAUAUAGCUGCAGUAUAUGUAAAUGCAUCAGCUGUAUUGUUAAUACAUUGUUUACCAUGGGGAGACAUUCUAGCCAUACUCUAUGGAUGAUACAAUAUGGCACAUCACUAAUUCAUAACAUUUAAAACUAAUUAGGUUAGGCUUGAGGUUUAUAUCUUAGUAUGUUGUAAGAAUUUCCUCUGGAAGCUUUCCAGUUAGAAAACAAUUGAUUUUAAAAAAUAAUGUGAAAGAUGUUUCAUUCUUGGUAAUUUUCUGAAAUUUGUUUUCAAAUUCACUUUUGUGUUAAAUCAUAAUGACAUGCACCCUGUGAGCCUUGAUUGAAUUAAGUGGGUAAAGAAAAUGAAUGAAUAAUGGCAUCCACAGGAUCCAGAGCAAAUUCUUCCCAAGCAUAAAGUAACUGCAGCUAAGGUGAUUCAACAUACCAUGGCAUUGUUGGGAAAACUUUGAACCAGUCAAAAUAUUAUCAAAAUAUUGCUGUAAUUUUUGUUUCAAGCUUUAGUUGAUAGUUAAAAAAAAUGGUCUUGAGGUCUUCACAAGUCUGCUGAACCACAGCAGAUGAAGUCUUGGUUUGCUUUGGUAGAAUUUGCUUGCAUUAUAUCGGAAAAACUAGUGGCCUUCAAAAAUGAGAGCUUUACAUCGUCUUGCUAUAAGUUGUACUUUGGAACACACUGCACUGGUUAUCAUACUUUUUUGGUCUGAGUCAACAAGGUCUUUGGUUGGGUACAAUAAUACUGCUGUAUUCCAGGAUGGUUAGGUCAGUCCUUGAGUUCCUUUCAGGUCAAGUCAAUUUUUUUAUUUAUGCAGUUUGUUCAGUUAUUUCAGCAUUAUAUUUUUUAAAGCGGUUCUUACACCUGGCUGAGGUUAGUGCAACGCUGCAACACAGCUAUUCUGUGUCCCUUGGGGCAGGUUCUUUAUGCUGCUUGGCAUACAUUAACACCUUUCAGGGAGAAGACUGUUUAAAUCAGGCCAGGUUCAAACAAUCAGAUUUUCAGAUGCUUGGCUGGAUUCACUCUGCUUGAAUUGAUUCAGUCUGGGCUCAGUGCGCCUUGGUGUUCAGCAAAGAAUUAUUUGAAUGGUUUAUUUGAUUGCCAGAAUUCACCUGGAAUUGCAUCGAAUUGUGCUGGACCUGCUCUGGGCUAUGUUGAGUAGUGAGAUGAGGCUGAGGUGGUUUGACCAACCAGGCUCCAUCUGGGGGGGAUUUAAACAAUUUUGCAGAGAGACUGUGUUGUGCCUUUCUCAGGAGAACUUGGCGCCAGAUGUGGCCAGGCAGGAGUAGCUUGAGUUGAGGUGCAGAGUUUGGCCCAUUACAGCACAAAACUGUGCCAAACUCAGUCACGUGUAAGCCCAGAUUUAGUCUUUACUUAGCCAUUGGAUGGAGCUGAGUCUGAUUUGUUGAUUGCUGUGAGCUGUAGUCAAUGGUAACCUACCUACCUGUUGUUUUGUGGCAGACCGCUUUGUAACAUUACAGGUUACAUACACUUUUUCGGUUUUUAGUCGUGAAAACUGCUGAAAGCACUGUAAAUCUCUGAGUACUCUUCAGCACUGGGUGGAGUGAAGGCUUCAUCAGUCAGUCUAGGAGCAAAUGCUCUGGGUCAGUGCUGCAAAAAGAGCAUCCUGUGGCUGCGUAACAUGACUGAAGCAGCUCUGUCUGGUGACGAAAUACCCGCCACACGCAGCUUUUCCCUCUAUUUCAUGGGACUCUCUUGGGUCAGGGCCAAAACGUUACACCUUUGCAGCCCUUUGAGGGAUCCACUUCCUUUGACCUCAAAGAGCAAAUAUGAAUUUCUUCUGUUGAAUCACCUUGAUGUGUAGUGGCUCGCACUGUCUUCCUUUGUACAGCAUAUGUAUGUGUGUGUUUAUCACAUAACCCCAUUCUUUCCCCAGCAAGGUAAGCUAAGGGGUCCUGCCAAACCCCGAAUGCCAACCACAGCACCCCAUUUCUUUGUCUCCAUGAAGAAACUCCAGCUGCGAAGUGCCAUAGAGGGAUGAGCGCAGGAAAAUGUCGUCCAUUUGGGUUCUAACGGAUAGAUACGAUGGGCGUGGUCAUUUACAUGACCUUUCAGAGUAUGACAGUGGGUCAUGGAACACGCCCUACCAGCUGUCAGAAGAAGAGGCCAGAAUUGAGGCGCUGUGUGAUGAGGAGAGGUACAUGGCUCUGCACACUGACCUGCUGGCAGAGGAGGCCAGACAAGAGGAGGAGUACAAACGUCUGAGUGAGGCUCUCGCUGAUGAAGGUUCCUACAACGCAGUGGCUUUCAAAUACAGUGCUGACUACUAUGAUCCCUCCCAGCCCACAGAGGAGGAGGAUGCAAACAGAGAAACUGAUGAGGCCGAACCUGAGGAUAGUGAGGAACCAUUUGUUGCUCCCCCAGGACUGGCCAUCCCUCCUGAUGUUGAACUGCCAGCAACCAUCAAGACCCAUACCAUCAUUGAGCGGACGGCCAACUUUGUAUGUCAACAGGGGGCACAGUUUGAGAUUGUGCUGAAAGCUAAGCAGGCUGGCAACUCCCAGUUUGAUUUUCUUCGUUUUGACCAUUAUCUGAACCCUUAUUACAAACACAUUCUGCGGGCUAUGAAGGAAGGUCGUUAUAACACAGUCUCCACAAGCAAGCAAGAACAAUCACAAGUAGAAUCUGAUUCUGAUGAUUCAGAUGAAGACGGGGAUGGCAGCUACCUUCAUCCCAGCCUGUUUGCUCCAAAAAAGAGUUCACGUCUAGAAGAGCUGAUGAAGCCAUUACAAGUCAUGGAUCCAGACCAUCCACUAGCGGUGCUUGUACGUAAAGCCCAGCAGGAAAGAAAUGGUACUGCCGUUCUAACACCCAAACUGGGAGACCCAGCUGCAUCAACCACACCUGCUCAGUACAGUACUGACCCAAAUGCAGCAACAAUGUACUAUGGGUACUACAUGCUUCCUGAUGGAACCUACUGCUUAGCCCCGCCUCCCCCAGGAGUAGAUGCCAGCUCCUACUAUAGCAGUGUUCCUUCGGCUGUGGUGGCACCUACAUCUUCUGAGGUGGUCCCUCAUGUGGGAGCUCCAGCAACAUCUCCUGAAACCGCAUCCAUGGGAGCACCAGCUGCAGCCCCUUCUGAGGCCACAAGCUCCACUGUUCCAGCCACUGCAUUUGAAACAAUUUCAAACUCCAAAGCUGAUGUUUCCACACCGGCAGUGCCAGCCAUCAUUCCUCCACCACCUGACAUCCAGCCAGUUAUAGACAAGUUGGCUGAGUAUGUUGCUCGGAAUGGUCUUAAGUUUGAGGCCAGCGUACGUGCCAAGAAUGAUCCACGGUUUGAGUUUCUGCAGUCGUGGCAUCAAUACAACACCUAUUAUGAGUUUAAAAAGAAUUACUUCAUGCAUAAAGAAGGAAAAGGCUUCCCUGAGAAUGAAGCCGUGGAUGACGAUGAUACGCUUCAGUCAGACACGUCAAUGAAGGAACACAAACUCAAUAAAGCCUCUUUUGCUCCCAUCAGUUUUGCCAUCAAGGCAAAGGAAAAUGACAUGCUGCCUCUUGAGAAGAACAGAGUUCGACUGGACGAUGACUCCGAUGAGGACAAGUUGUUACAGGAGGAAGGAGUAGAAGCUGUGGUGGGUGGAGCUGAAAUGAUUGACAAUUAUCCUGCUCCGGCCCCUGCACCCGAGGAGAAGAAACCCUCACUGAGCCUGGAGGAGCUGGAGGCAAAACAAGCCAAGCAGAAACUGGAGGACCGUCUGGCAGCCGCAGCCAGGGAGAAGCUCGCCCAGGCUUCAAAGGAGUCCAAGGAGAAACAGCUCCAGGCUGAGAGGAAGAGGAAGGCAGCACUCUUUCUGCAGACCCUCCGCGGCCCUUCCAUUGGAGAGCCUGAUGUGAAGAGAGUUGAACUUGACCCAUCUGCAGAGCUUGAGAUGGAACACGCCAUUUCAGUAAUGUCUGAUCCCCUGCCUCAAGUGCAUUCUGGAUCAUCUGGGUAUCCUCAUGAUCACAGAGGCCCCACCGAGAAUCAAGGAACCUGUCGAAGCAGAGAGACCCCAAGUAAAUCAUUGUCGUCAUCCUCUCGCAUGACCUCCAGAGGAACCAACAGAGAAAGAGACAAAGGGAGGGAGAAGGAAAAAAAGAAGAGGAAACACAAGAGGAGAUCAAGAUCUCGGACAGACAGGUCAAGGUCUAGGUCAAAGAGGUCAAGAUCACGCUCAAAAACAAGGCAUUCUCUUCCUAGUGCAUACCGAAGAACCCGCAGAUCCCGAUCACGUGCACGCUCAGUAGGUAGAAGAAACAGAAGCGGUCCCUCAUCAGAAAGGAGACGAGAUGACCGAGAACAAACCCGGCAUCACCACAGCAACAGCUCAAGUCUUCCCAGAAGACGCUCACGAUCCAGAUCACCCUCUGAAAAGAGGAGAAGGUCACGACAAAGACACGCUGCAGGUUCCUCACUUUCACCGUAUUCCUCACCACGCAAAGCUUUGUCCCCAUCAGCAAGCCCCGCCUCCACCUCGACCCUGUCCAGGGGCGGCUCUCAGGAGAAGGACAAGGCAGUGGCUUCAUCCAUCGUGUCUUCUGUUCAGUCCAAAAUUACUCAGGAUCUGAUGGCCAAAGUUCGAGCCAUGCUCGCCACUUCCAAGACCUUUCAUCGUACUGACGCCUAGACGGCGCCUCUGUGUCGGACUUCCUCCAGGCCUCAGUGGUUCCUGUUGAUUUGAGCGUCCUCAUGUUCCCUUACAUAAAAAAAAAUGACUGAACCUGACGACUGGUUCAGGAGUGAAAUUGUGUUGCAGAAUUACUGUAAAAUCUAUUUGGACACACACAGAGUGACUGUAUUGUCCUUCUAUGAAGGAUUUCUUUUUUGAAUUUCCCCCAGCAGAUUGUUUUCUUUUGUAACCCAGCAGCUCAAUAGUCUUCUCUUGGGGCUGUUUAAUUUUAUUUUUCAUUUCUGUUCUUCAGCUCUAGUUUGUGGCCUUUCUUUCUGAUUCUGGUUUAUACUGUAAAGAACAUAUUGCAGAACUACUUUAUAAACCACAAUAAAGUCUCAGUCAUGGAUUA